AAUCCCGCAUGCAUGUUAUUUACUUGUCAAAAUAUUCAUCUACAUGUGGGGGUUAUGUUGCUGAAACAUAAUCGGAAAUAUAAUUGUAACUAGGAUUUUGCUUGAUUAUAAAAAAUAAAAAUGAACCAACCUAAAGAGAAAGAACACAACAAGCGUUAUUUUGAAAAGGAUCAAAAGAAUACAGAAGAUAGUAGUAAGGGUAAAAAUGAAAAAGUGCAAGUAUUCAAUAUUAAAAUAACGCCUAACUUAAUAAAAGCAAACAAAUUUAAGAAUAAAGAUACAGUUAAUACCAUAAGACCUAAGAGGAAUAAAAAGUUUGAAGGAAAGGCUCCUAUUGAUCCAGAGAAACUAGAAGUUCACUCUCGCGGAGAGGGAGUAGGCAAAGGUGUUAGGCAUCCACUUCAUGCUGAGAAAUUAAGGAAAAGAGAAAGAAAGUAUAAUUAUGCUCAGGAACAAGCAGCUAGAGCUGAGAUAUUGCUAACAGAAGGACAAGGAGGUGUGGAAGUUGAAGAAGGUGGCAAAACAACAGCAAUAUCACAGAAGAUCAUAGCCGAGAAUGUAGAUAUAACUGCAGCAUCCAAAAUAUUUGAAUUGAACCUUGCCUUUGGACCAUACCAAGCUAAAUACUCCAGAAAUGGACGACACUUGCUUUUAGGAAGUAAAAAAGGCCAUUUGGCAGCUUUUGACUGGUUCACUAAGAAGUUGCAUUUGGAAAUUAAUGUCAUGGAAUCUAUACAUGACAUCAGUUGGUUACACACAGAGACAAUGGUAGCUGCUGCCCAAAAGGAGUGGUUGUACAUGUAUGACAACACUGGUACAGAGAUUCACUGCAUCAAGAAAAUGGACAAAAUAUUGAGAAUGGAGUUUCUACCAUAUCACUUUCUAUUGGCCGCUGUUAAUGAAUUUGGUUUUAUGACUUGGCUGGACAUUUCCGUUGGUGAAAUAGUUGGACACUACAACAACCGUUUAGGGAGAACUGCUGUGAUGGCGCAGAACCCUUACAAUGCGACCUUAUGCAUAGGAAACUCCAAGGGUGUUGUCUCUUUAUGGUCGCCUACUGUUAAGGAUCCUUUGGCUAAGAUACUGUGCCAUAAGACACCACUCACUGCUCUUGCGGUUGAUAACAGGGGAAUGUACAUGGCCACAUCAGGAGUCGACCGAAGUAUGAAAAUAUGGGACAUCAGGCAUUUAGACGGCCCCAUACAAGACUACAGACUGAGGAGCGCGCCGGUAGACCUUGAGUUCUCACAGAAAGACAUGCUCGCUGUCGGCUUAAACGAAGUUGUGGAAAUAUACAAUAAUUGCUGUACAAAAACAACAGAGAAACCAUACCUCAGGCACAGAAUGGCAAAAACUAUUAACAAUUUUAAAUUCUGCCCCUACGAAGAUGUUUUAGGAAUCGGAACAAGUAGCGGAUUCACAAGCAUAAUUGUACCAGGCAGUGGUGAGCCGAACUUUGACGCGUUGGAAAGUAAUCCCUUCCAGAAUAAGAAGCAGAGGAAGGAGGCUGAAGUCAAAGCCUUACUCGACAAGAUUCCAGCAGAGCUCAUUACCCUCAACCCUCUUGAUAUCACUGAGGUCGACGUACCCUCUAUGCAAGAACAAAUGGAAGCGAAAAAGAAACUCUUGUAUCUCAAACCUAAAAAAAUGGACUUCACGCCGCGGCAUAAGAAGAAGGGCAAGACGAACAUUGCGAGAAAGAAGAUAAUAAAAGAAGUAGCAAGAAAAGAUUUCAUUGAACAGACAAAGGAGGCCAAAAAGUUGCUUAAUCUAUCAGAAGAGCAAAAAGCCAAGAAACCAUCAUUUGGUGUACUCGAUAGAUUUGUGCCAACCGUUAAAACUAAAAAACAAUAAAAUAAAAGAAAAUCUUUGUAUACAUAUAAA